CAACCUCAUCGCAUGGAAUGCUGUCCAACAUGGACGCCCUUCUCCGCCCUCUCUCUUUCCUUCUGCUCUUCCUCGCAGUGACAGCCACAGCCUCAGCCUCAUCUCUGCGACAAUGUCUCCUGGCCGCGGUGCAGAACGACGCGACCCUCGUCGCAGUGAACGGUGACCUCCUCUACCAGACUCUCGACGUGAAAGUCUACAACCUCAACUACCCCGUCACACCCGCAGCCGUCACCUUCCCCAAAUCUGCGCAGCAAGUCGCCGCCAUCGUCAGCUGCGCCGCAUCCCUGGACUACAAAGUGCAAGCCAAGAGCGGCGGCCACAGCUAUGCAAACUACGGCCUCGGCGGCUCCAACGGUGCAAUCAACAUCAAUCUCCAAAACAUGAAAUCCUUCAGCAUGGACUACACAAACUACCACGCUACCGUCGGCGCCGGGAUGCUCAACGGUGAGCUAGACGAAUACCUCCACAAUGCAGGCAACCGCGCCGUCGCACACGGCACGUCCCCACAAAUUGGUGUUGGCGGACACGCAACAAUCGGCGGACUCGGACCCACAGCGCGACAAUGGGGGAUGGAACUCGACCACGUCCUCGAAGUAGAAGUCGUCCUCGCCAACGGGUCCAUCGCCCGCGCUUCGUCCACCCAGAACCAGGACCUCCUCUUCGCGAUCAAAGGCGCGGGCGCGAGCUUCGGCGUCGUGACAGAAUUCAUUCUCCGCACCGAAAAGGAACCCGGACAGGCCGUACAGUAUUCGUUUACUUUCGGGCUCGGGAAUACGGCGUCGCGCGCGAGUAUAUUCAAAAAAUGGCAAACAUUCAUCACGCAGCCCUCUCUGAGUCGGAAGUUCGCGUCUAUCUUCACCAUUCUGAAGGGGAGCGUGGUUGUCUCGGGCACAUUUUUCGGAACAAGGACAGAGUUCGACGCGCUAGGCCUGGAGAAACAGUUCCCCGGAAUGACAAACUCCAGCGUGAUCGUCUUUACGGACUGGUUGGGCCUGGUGGCCAACUGGGCAGAGCAAUCACUCCUCGACCUGACCGGCGGCAUUCCUGCGAACUUCUACGCCCGAUGUCUCUCCUUUUCGGAGGAAACGCCCAUCUCCGCGGACGGAAUCGACAAGUUAUUCACCUACCUGGACAAUACCCACACGGGGUCCUUAAUCUGGUUCGUCAUCUUCGAUCUCGAAGGCGGCGCCAUCAACGAUGUCCCCAUGAACGCGACCGGGUAUGCCCACCGCGAUACCGUCUUCUGGAUGCAGUCGUAUGCCGUGACGCUGGGGAAGGUGUCGCAGACGACGUACAAUUUCCUCGAUGGCGUCAAUGAUGUGAUUCGGGAAAAUACGCCCGGUCUGGGCAUCGGGGUUUAUCCGGGGUAUGUGGAUCCGAGACUGGAGAAUCCGAGGGAGUCUUACUGGGGGUCGAAUCUGCCCGAGUUGGAGAGGAUUAAGGCGAAGUAUGAUCCGACCGAUGUUUUUCAUAAUCCGCAGGGCGUUUUGCCAGCUUGAUAUCACGGGUGAGAUGAGCUGGGAUGUAUUUACUCGUACAUAAUUUUCU